AUGUCUUCACCGCACGAGGACGAAGAUCAGGACCUCGAUCAGGAGAUCAACGUCGAUGCGGACUCGGACUGUCAGUCGAGGGUGUCGUACAACAGUGGCUCCGAGGACAUUGACCUGGAUGGCGAUGGCAAUGGGUCCUGUUACGAGGAAUCCGAUGUUACUAGCGACCAUCAGACACACCCGGCGGAACCGACGACCCGGUCGCCGAACGAAAAUCUUCCCUUCAGCAUAUCCCGCCUGCUGGCCAAGUCGUUCGAGCGCGAGCAGAAGGACAAGGACGCCAUCGCGGAGGACGCCGGACCGGAAGGACUGCUGAAGGCCGGACAUCACAUUACGUCCGGGGCGCCGGGGAGUUUGCAGUACGCGGCGGGGGCACUCUACAGCUAUCCCAUCUAUCCCGGAGGCCACGUGCUGCGAGUGCCUCCCCAGCGUGGACCCUGCAACCCGCUGUCCUGGUCCCUACCGCCCCUGCAUCCUGCCGCCCUCGCACAUCAGGCCGUCAAAGAUCGGCUCGCUGCUUUUCCCAUCGCCCGCCGGAUCGGCCACCCGUAUCAAAAUCGGACACCCCCGAAGCGGAAAAAGCCCCGCACCUCCUUCACCCGCAUCCAGGUGGCGGAGCUGGAGAAGCGAUUCCACAAGCAGAAGUACCUGGCGUCGGCGGAGCGGGCGGCGCUAGCGCGAGGGUUGAAAAUGACCGACGCUCAGGUUAAAACCUGGUUCCAAAACCGGCGCACAAAAUGGAGACGACAAACGGCAGAAGAACGCGAGGCGGAACGACAGGCGGCCAACCGACUGAUGCUUUCCCUGCAAGCGGAAGCUCUCAGCAAAGGCUUCGGUCAACCACCACCGUCGGCCGCCCCGCCCACUGCGCCAACCCCCGGUGCGCCCCUGGCCGCCCUGCACGGACUGCAGCCCUGGGCCGAAGCGCAUACCGCCGGCUGCUAA